CUUCUGUGAUUGGAGAGCAGGUGUGCGCAUGCGCAUAGGCGUAACUUCGACAAUGUUGAACUUUUCAAAGUUUUCUUCAGUCGCGGAGCUGCAGUUUGGUGAUCAGUCAUCAGUCCGUCAUCAGUCCGUCAUCCAGUCUGGUGUCCAGCUCUAAGGCCAGUCUGUCUCAUCUGAUCAGUCAACCUGAAGGAGGAAAUGUUGCUGUCAUUGCUGUGGGCGGAGCCUCUGAAGCUCUGGACGCUCGUCCUGGAUCGCUGACUCUACAGGUCCGAAGCAGGAAAGGCUUCAUCAAGUUGGCCCUGAAACACGGGGCUCAGCUGGUUCCUGUCUUCUCCUUUGGAGAGAACGAGCUGUUCGAUCAGAUGGAGAAUCCCGCCGGAUCUUCUCUGAGGAGACUGCAGAACCGGCUGCAGAGCAUCAUGGGAGUUGCAGUGCCUCUGUUUCAUGCUAGAGGAGUCUUCCAAUACAGCUUUGGACUGAUACCCUACAGGAGGCCCAUCCACACCGUGGUGGGGAAGCCCAUCCCGGUGGUCCAGAAUCCCAGCCCCAGUUCAGAGGACAUCAAAGGUCUGCACCAGGUCUACUUGGAAAACCUCACGGAGCUCUUCGAGCAUCACAAGCUCACCUUUGGUCUGGAUGAGGACCAGCACCUUACCUUCACAUGAUCCUGGAUCCAGGUCCUCCACAACAGCUGACCUCCUUCUGACCACCAUGUGACUGUCAUGUGACCAUCACAUGACAGUCACAUGACAGUCACAUGACCAUCAGUCCUUUAGAUGAGUAUGUGGAACAUUUUGAUGAUUCAGGAACUUCAGUAAAGUUCACAUGUUCAAUACAGAGACUGAACAGCAGGGGGCGCCCUCAGCCAGAACCAAAAGUCUUCAGGUUUUCCAAAGGACCCGGACAGACUGAGCUGGGACUGGACCUGCUGUAAUAAUGAUGAUGAUGAUGAUGGUGUUCAGGAUGAAGAUAAAAACGAUCUGUAAUGACACGCGGCUCCAGCUGCUGCUGUUUCCUGUUCAUCAGGAUCUCUGUUGUUUUACUGGAGAUCUCUUCUUGCUGCCUAAAGGAACUUUCUGCUUUGUCCAUGUUUACUUCCUGUUUUUUUUUCUAUCUUUAUCUGAUUCCCAUCAUGCCUUUCUUCUUAGCCUGAACUUUAUAAUAAACCCAAUAAACAAACCAAAGGAUUGUGUGUGGA